GUUUAGGUUGACAACGGAGUCAGAAAGGUUCAGAUUCUACUAGAAUGUCUAGAUCUAUAUUAACUAGACUUAUAAAUCUAUAUAUGAGUCUAUAAACUCUAUAUAUGAGAUCUACUUAAUAUGUUAUUAUGUUAUAGUCUGUAACUAUCCUUAAGAUGACUACUCAAUUUAUGUCCCCUACAACAUACACGGCAGGAACUCCAUUUACAGGGUAUAAUGGAUAUCUAAAUAACAGGAAUGGAGGAUUCUCUUUUCGCAAAAGAGUUGAAAGAGUGGACUGGAGAAAGAUAGCUUCUGUAGACAUUGACAACAUUUCCAGGACUUUGGACUUCAACACCCUUCAAGAUAAUAUCAUGAAUAUAACAUUUUGUAAUCUUGAAGCUGAAAUGGAUAUAAGAUCAGUGGAUCCCAAUUUUGUGAAGGUGUUCAAGCUAUCACAGUUGACUAUUGAAUACCUUUUGCACAGUCAAGAGUAUUUAGCUGGACUUUGUGCAACACUGGAAGCAAAAUGCCAAGAAUCAGACCAGAAAGUUGCAAUGGCCAAAAAGGAUAUUGAUGACCUGCAGAAAGAAUUAGCUGAAGUUAAAAAGGAAAGUCAUAGAAGAAAAAAACUAUUGAUAGCUCAGCAGCAACUAAUGUAUGCUGGCAAUGAAAGCUACAAUAAGUGUCCAUUUUGUGCCAAAGCUUUCCUCAACACCAAUUUCCUUCAGUCCCAUAUCAACAGAAGACAUACUAGUUUAUAUAAGGAUGGCUCCACUUCUGUUAGUCCUGACUUGGGAGUGGGCUCAGAAAGUGCAAGGAUUCACUUAGAGGCAGAGCUAAGCCAAAUCAAAGAGCAGAUGUUGAAACAGCAAGUUGAGUUGGAAGAAGAGAAGAAAGCUCUUAAGUCUCUGAAAAACAAAGAAGCAGACCAUAUAGAAGUUCAGCUCAAGCAGAGUGCAGCUGUAUCCAGUGAACUCAUAUGUGAGCAACAAGAAGAAGGUGAAACUAAAAUGAGUCUUGCUCUCAUGAAAGAAAUCAAAGAGCUGACAGCUAAAUACCAGUCUUCUCAGAAAGCUUUACUGGAACUUGAAGCUAGAACAGGAAAUAAAAGAUCAUAUCUGGGCAUAAUGGAAGAUGAUACAGACUUUGAUAGACAAGAAGUCAAAGAACAGAAAAUGGAAAUAGCUUCAAUGAAAGAACAACUUCAACAACAGCUGGACCAUAUGAGAGAACUGAUGGAGACUAAACUUGAGAAACAAGAAAGAAAAUGGCAGAAGAAAAUGCAUGCAGUAACCAGACAGCAUGCUCAAGAAACAAAAAAGUUAAACAAUGCUCUAGAUUCAACAGCUUACUCUCAAGAAAAUAUCAGUAUAUCCCAGCCAGCAAUUAGUCAAAGGCAGGAAGUAGAGCAAAUUUUAAAGCAAUCUAGAGAGAGAGAAAAAGCCUUGGAGGUUGAAGUACAUCAAAUAGAGCAAGAGCUACUUCAUUCGACAGAAGUGAAAGAGAUGAAGUUGCAACAAAGUAAAAGUCCAAAGGUGAAAUCCCAACAGAACAGAAACAUUGGUCAAGAACUACCUAUUAGGUUUAGCAGGGAGGAAAAGGUAUCAGGGCAAAGCUUUAUGUGCCCCUCAGAUGAUGAAAGUGCUGGAUUUGGAACAGGGACAAGCAGUCUGCGAACUAUUGGACAUGAAACACCAAUCUCUACUUUAAACCAAACAGGAACUCUUCAUACACAAGAAUUUCUAGAUGGCCUACGUAAAAACCCUACUCUUGCCUUAAUUAGAGAACAAUUGACAGAGGUCUUAUUGGAUCAAAUUGAGAAAAAUGGCAUUCCUAAGACAUGGCAUCAAGAUAAAAACUGGCACAACAUUCAUCAGCCACAUUGCCGCCAUUUUAUACCCAAACUGAUGCAUUCUUCUUCCUGUAAAAAAAAGAAUUUGAGAUAUCCAAACUUUUUUGAGUUAAGAGAGUUGUAUAAUAAAAGAGCAACAGAUGAAGCCAGGAAACAGUUGAAGAUGCAGAUGAAAUCACCUCGUGGUCCACCUCCUGCUGGGCCAAGAAGAAAAUUAGAGCUUUCCCCUCGCACACCCCAUCAGCAUCAGCCCUUUUCUAGCGGACCUCAGUCUGGUCCACCACACCCACAACAGAAUGUGUCAGUUAAGAGAACCACUCCACGCAGCUCUAGUGGACCCCCUAUCUCCAGCACUAAACCUUAUCCACAACCAAGAGCAGCAUCAGCUCAGAGAACACCACUUUCCACAGGGUCAACCACAGAAUGGACAAGUACCAAUUUUGAUUCUGAUGAGUCAGAUGAGAACAGUGCUGUUUCUGGCAGAUCUUUGAUGACUGCUUCUAAAGGCAGACUGUUACAGUCAGGUCCAGCUAAAGUUCCCAGCCCUAGUCCUCGUACACAAGUUCCCAAAACACGACUAAUCCAGUCCAGACCUUUGAACAACAACGCAGAUGAUGACUUAAAUGAUGUUGAUGAUAUCCUUAACUCAGAUAGGCAACCAACAAGACAAAACUCAACAGUUGGGAAAGUUGCUGCACUGACCAAAGAAAUAGAAAAACAACUUGAGGCCCGACCAGUAGGUGUACAACCAGUAGGAGGAGUUAAUACAGUCACAUCUAGUAAAAAAGUUGUUGAUGUGGGAGAUUUUGAAGAGGAGAGUGAUUGGGACAGUACCACAGUACAGAAUGACCCAAUACCAUUGCCUCAGAAAAGGAUUCCAGUCAAUAGGGCAAGUACUGAUGGCAUGUCAACCAAUACAUAUGCAUCCAGUGCCUGGGGUUCAACAGGAAAUGCUGCCAGUACAGCUAAGGAAAAGGAAAGGCGAUCAACAUCUCGGAGUUCCCACUUUAGCAUUACAUCUGUCAGUUCUGAUGAGGACAUGAAUGUAGACAAUAUUUAAUUACAUAUUGUUUCAUUGCUAAUUCAUCACAUAUAUUAUUUAGAAUAUGAAAAAGAGUGUUAGUACUUGUUUUAAAUCAUAAGUCCAUUUUAUUGUUAAAACUGUAUUAUUAUAUUUUUUUAAAAAGUUGAUUGAAACAGUUGUUUUCCUUAGAAUAAUGAAGUAUAUGUUUAAUUCUUUUUUCAAAUUUUGAGUAUAUGCAUAAUCCCUUGCGAUAUAAAGUUGUGAAUUCUUUUUGAAGUAUUUAACAUUCUGGCAAUUGAAUUAUGGGACAUAAUUCAUGAGCUGUGUAGAUAAGUUCUAAUUUUCCUUAUAUCUUCUAUUCAUUAACAAACACAGUUUUAAAUAUUUGUUUUAUUAAGAAAUCUACAAAAGUAGUUAAAAACUUUCUCUUAUUAUCUUAUUAUGUAUUUCUUUUGUAAUUCUUAUUUAUAUACAUUGUAGGAAAAGCUGAUAUUGAUUUUCAAAACAGCAUAAAAAGUCUUAUUAACAAAGAAACAUUCAUGUUAAUCCACAACUUUGUGUGAAUUUAUGUGCAUGGUAAUGUCUUAGUACCACUGAACUUUAGAAUAGGGAUUCCCCUCCUUUUAAGGUCUUUUACAACUUUGAAGUGGAAAAAUACAUUGUAAAUUAUACAUAACAAUAUUAUAUACAAUUAUAUAUAAUAUUGUUAACUAUUAUUUGAAACAAAAACCUACUAUUAAAAAAAACAACAACUAAAACAAGUGAGUUUAAAAAAGAAAUAUUAAUUCAUUACAAAAAUUGUGUUUUGAUGACUAAUGCUGCAUUGCUCUCUUCCUUGUAUGAGAGAAAUUAAAUUGUGAUAUACUGAUACUCAGACAGUCCAAUGUUACAAAUUAAACAGUAUCUGUGAUAUUCACAACAAACAUCAUCUGAUCAAGAAAUGUGCUACUUUCAAAUACCAGCUAUAAUGGGACAUUCAGUUACAAAUUUAAUGUUAUAGAGAUCAAAAUUAUUUUUUCUCAUAUUCAUUUGAUUUUGCUACCCUAUUAUAUGAGAUAUUUUUAAAAUGACAUCAACCCCUACAUUUGUUUAUGUUCUAAAACAUUUUUACAUUCAUAUGAUUUUUUAUUGGUUAAAAAAAAUCUGCAAAAUAUUAUUGAUGUAUUGCCUUUUCUCUUAGAAAUGUAAUGAUUUUUACCACCAAAAAAUGCACUAAAAUUUUUUUUUUAAUUAUCAGAGACAUUUUCGAACAAUAGAGUGACAUAAGCUGAUAUUUUUUUAUAUAGAAGUGGAUUUGAGCAAUGGCUUUGGAAGAUAUUAAAUGCUACAUCUCCCACCAUAAUAUUAAAUACAAGUUUUUAGACUUGAUCAGAUCAUUCUAUACAAAUGACAGCUUAUAAUGGACUAAUUUUGUUUUCAUUGUUGUCUAGCAAUGUGGAAAAAAACAACUUUUUUUCAUUAAAUGAGAUUGCAUUACUACUUUAUUUUUUAUCCGUCCAACAGGAACAUGUCUGAUAUUUGUUACCUUGUUGUUGUUUUUUAACAACUUGACAGAAGUCAGUGAGAAUCUCAUUGGAACCAAAUUUUAUUUCAAGUUGUGAUGAACCUUUCAUUCAUUCAAUUAUGUAUUCUAAGCCCUAAACAUUUAUUUAGAAAUACUUUGUGAUCACUGUAAUACUCAUACAAAACAGCAUAGAGAUUUGAUUUGAAAAUUAUGACUUUCUAGCAGAAAUUAUACAAUUGAGAUAAUGUGGUAAUCAAUCCCAAGGUGUGUGUAUUGCUUCCAAUGUACUUACAUACAUAUUUAUUUAUACUCUGUGUUUUUUUUUUAUAAUAUGUUUAUUUCUGGUAAGUAUCAUACUUUGUAAUCCAAUUGUAAAGCUUUUUUUUUCAAUUCCCUUCCAUAUUAUUAUUAUUAAUAUAAACUGUAUUUAUAUAUUCUUUGAAUUUUAAUGAAAAAACAACUACUUAACUUAUAAAUAAUAGACAUUACUUCAAAAGUGAAGAUAAUUAUCAAUCAAUGACAUUACAUUUUAAAAAUAUUGCUGUGUCAAUAUCCAAGAUUUGAACAAAUGAAUUACUAUCCUUUAAAAUUCAUUUUUUUUUAUUAAUUUUCUAAAAACAAGGUAUCAUAAUACUUCAUUGAAACAUAUGGUCAAAAUAAUUCAUGAUGUGAACAAAGAUGUUAUAAAUGAGUUGUAAUAAUCUUUGAUUACAAACUAGUUGUUUACAUUUGAAGAAGUAAUUUGCUAAAGAGAGAAAGAACAAUUGUUUUUCUCUGUAUAUUAGAUGAAUUUAUUAAAUAGUGUUUCUAUCUCAUAACUAUUUUUCUGAAUAUACCUAUACUUACCAAAUGGAUGUCAUUUGAUUCAUUCUGAUCUGCAUAAUAUUGUAGCAUUGAGUUACCAGUAAAGUCUAUGUUUGACUAUCUCAAUAUUUUUUAGUCAUUAUCUUGUUACAGAAAUAUAACGAUUUUAAAUUUGACUUUUAGUUUGUUUCAAUAGUCAUAUUUUUACAAUUUUUGUUACCUGCAUAAUAUUUUAAAUAUGAUGACUUUGAACCAAUAUAUUUCCAAUAGACAAAUGUAUGUAGUGUACACCCAACAUUUGGAGAUAAUUCAUAUUAAAAAGACCUUGAUUUGUAUA